GUGUUAUCAGACAUGGGCUGGGUUUGGGCAGGCAGUCGUGUAGUAUGCGUAUGGAUGAUGGUUGUAUGGAUGUCGACGUCGUGAUCCGUGGGCGAGUGUGGGCGAGGGCAGCGCUGAGUGGCUGGUGGAAUGGGGCCGGGCAGGCUAGAGAGCGGCGGCGCAGGGCGGGCAGCCACGGCAUGCCAGGUACGUGGGCUUGGGCUGCAUAUCGUCUGCCGGCGCGGGUUUUAUGCAUGUGCCUAUGUAUGUAGUGUGUGGACAGCGGCCAUCUAUUUACACAGUCGUCCUAUAUACAUACACACUCAACUGGCUGUGUUUCCAUGUCGUCGCCGUUGGAAAUUGCGCACUCACUUGGGCCAGCCACGCAUGGGCGCCUUGUCCACACACACACACUACCCUUUGCCUUGCCGCGCCUCGCCUCGCCUUACCUUGCCGCGCUCGCUCGCUUGCGUGUCUUGCGUCUUGCGUAGUAUUCCGUCGUGUUGCAACUCGUGCCAACGCCCCCGGUCCCUGCUACCCACUUCUCGACCCCCGGCCGUGGAGACCCCCGUCACGUUCCUCCGCUUCAUCAGCCCGACGCACCUCCUGAAGCUUCCACCCACCUGCGGCCUCUUGCUAUAGUACUUGUUGCUAUUCACCUACCGCUGCCACGCCAACCACAGCACCUCCACU